AUGGUAAACACGAUGGCCAUGGAUUCAGAAGACGACGAUGACUUGGAGUUGGAUUGGAGCAACAUCGAAACGAUCAGAAAAUUCGACUCAGGUGGUUCUUCGGAAUUACAGUCCAUGAUUACGCGCACUACAGCUGAACUAAAUAAUGAUGUACGUUCGCUGCAAACUCGCCUUGCAACGAAGGCAUCCGCCCCCGUGAGCCUGCUCGUUGAAAGUCUUUUGCAACAAUUAUGCGCGCUGCUAGAGCCGGAUAUAGAUCGGUCGCGGGUUCUUUACAAAACCAUAUGCGACCGGCUACAUGCAGUUAAUUUGAUUGACGAAACGUACACUAUGGGAGAGUUUGAGAUGAUGCGCAACCAGUAUCAGAAAGCCCUGUACCAUCUAGUCAGGAUUGCGAGAGGGAAUGACUUGCCUGUGAUCCUACCCGAUCUUCAAGAAUGCUGGCCACUUCCUGCUGGUCUCGAAUGGUCGCGCUACUAUCGUGAGUUUGAAGAGAUCUCUUUCCUUGCCGGUGGAGGAUUUGGAAAAGUCUAUCGUUCUCGUAAUAAGCUGGACGACACCGUGUACGCUGUUAAGAAGGUGACCAUUCGAUCGACUACCAUAAAAAACGUGCUGGUACAUUUGGCAGAAGUAAAAACCCUAGCCAGCCUGAACCACAUCAACAUCGUUCCGUAUAAGGCGGCUUGGUUGGAGCCUCUUAUGGCACCGGGGAAGAAAAGCGUGAAUAGCUCUUCCACGAUGGACGAAGAGGAUUGUUCUUCGUCAGAAGAAGAUGAUGAUGAUGAUGAAGGCACUCAAAAUCGAACUGCUGAUUCUUUACGGCGUCCUGAUCACGAAUCAGAAGAAUUCAGUAUUCUUUUCGAAAACAGCAACGGCGAACAGGUACCGGAACAUAGCGACGAAAAUAGGAACGAAUUAGCUGAAGUAAGUGACGUUCCAUCGAGAAACAUUGUAAGCAUCGAAGAAUCACCGCAUAUAAACCUAAAAUGGGCCACAUUGUACAUCCAGAUGACUUUGUGUCAUUUGACUUUGCGCGAAUGGCUCGAUCGUCGUAAUAGUGCUGAAAAUUUCGCUCAGUUUUAUACAGAUUUUUUGAACGACCGUUCGUUCAGUGAAAAUCUGAUGAACGUAUUUCCUAGAAACUCAUUCUGUCGCCAAAUAUCGCAGAUUUCAAAUGGAACUGAUAGCGCUGCAAAUGACUGCGAAUCCCCAUCCAGUCGGAGCUCCGAGUCUUCGCGAGAUGAAUCACACAUAGACGACAAUGUUCAGCAUCUGGAUGUUGUUAUUGAUAUCUUUCAACAGCUGCUAAAUGGGUUAAACUACAUUCAUUCGCGUGGCAUCGUUCAUCACGAUAUCAAACCAAGCAAUAUUUUCGUAAGUCUUUCCGACCAUGACUCAAAAUUAAUUAUUCAACUGGGAGAUUUUGGCUUAGCUUGUCCACUGCAAAACUCCCACGUGGGGGUUGGGUUCGGUACGCCGCUGUAUGCCGCUCCGGAACAGCUGGCAGGACAAUGCGAUCCCAAGUCGGACAUUUAUUCGUUGGGCAUAAUACUGCUUGAAUUGCUGGUGCCGUUUUCCACCGACAUGGAGCGUGCGGAAACUAUCAAACAAGUACGGCGAAGCCAAUUUCCAUCGGAUUUGGACCGUGACUUUAUGAGCCUGUUGAAGAAGUUGCUUCAAACACAAGCCUCAAGGCGACCGGGAAUGUACGACCUCGUGGAGGCAGUCAAUAGGAUUCGCAGUAACCGCAAUAAGGUGAUAUCAGAGCUGCGAAGGAGUUUAUCGCUGCGAGACGAAGAAAUUGCUUGCCUUAAGACGCAGAUCAACGAACAACAGCGCGUUAAGGUUGAGUUCGACGAGAAUCGCACACAGAUAGAGCAGUGUACCACGAGAACGCUCAUCGUGAAGGAGCAAGAGCUGAUUUACAUGAACAUGGAGAUGCAAAACAAAGACAUACAGCUGCGCUGCAAAGACAUGGAACUUCGAUCCAAGGAUGAAGAAAUUAAAAAACUUAAAGAAAUGCUUAGAUCUUACCAGGAGAAAGAAAAGCACGCGCAUCAAGUAGAAGAUCUGUGCGAAGAUUAAAGCAAUUCGCUAAAGGUAACAUGCGCCGAGGUCACCUUGCCAAUGCGUUUUUUGUUGCCGGGAAAUAUUUAUUAAGGUCAUGGUUUAACGUAAACCGUCUUACAAUUUAUUGUGUUUGUUUACCGACGUAAAUUUCGUCAACUUAUGUCAAAAGACUUUUAUUUCAUGCGUUAGGAAGAUAUGUUAAGAUUGCGUAAGUUUGUCAAUCGUCGCAAGAAUUGUCAAUAAAAUAUGCUUAAAUGACCUUA